AUGCGCUUGGCUCACGUCACUGGGCGUGCGUGUAGGCCGUCGUUUGACAAGUACUACAAGCAGCUGCACAAGCUGCACGACAUUAGCGCCGACGCCUUCGAGAUCAGCGAUCAGGAGAGCGAGGGCGAAUCCGAAGAUGAGAUGGCGCUCGAGGGUCUGAGCUACGAGGAGUGGCAGAUGAAGCGCAUCAAGGACGAGGUCAAGUCCUUCAUGAAGCAGCUCAUCACCGAGAGGAACGACGACUUCGAACUCGUGGCGAGGGCCAACACCGCGGCCUUCACCGAGCUCAAGGAGGCGUUCGACGGCGUUGGCAGCGAGGAGGAGUCGGACGACAGCGACGAAAGCUACGACAGCAGUGGCGACGGCGACGAUGGCGACCAAGACAACGAAGGCCACCUCGACCAGAAGAAGAAGAAGAAGCAGAAGGACUACCUGGAGAACGAACUGCUCUUCGCCGAGUCGGGGGAGGUGGGCCCCGGCCUCGACGUGGCCGCCGCCGCGCCACACCAGUUGCCCGUGUCGCACUACGUGGAGGUGCAGCAGCCCAGGAAUCCACCAACGACGAGCACGCCGACGAUCUCCUACGCAGAGCUCGGGCGGAGCCCCUCCACCGGCGGCGAGGCUUCGCCGCAGGCGGGCUCCCCGGUCGUUCCCUCAUCCGACUACGCGGUCCUCGCGUCGAGCAGUCAAAGAAGAGCGAACAAGAGAACGAAAGCGAAAACGAAGGAGACGACGAAGGCGAAGAGAGAUGGCGACCAUCCAGCACAGGCCCAGCAGCUGCCGGCCUCACAGUACGUGGAUCUCGGACUUAAAAAGGCGGCCGGUGGGCCACCACCAGAGCAGCCGCAGCAGCCGCUGCCGCAGGAGAAGAGCCAAGUCUUCGACUCGGCCUACAUCACCCUCGAGCCGCGCAACGCCGCCGACGCGACCAUCACCAUGACCGCCAAGGACUGGAAGGAGCGAGCCCAACGAGAGGGAGGCACAUCGGGAACGGGGGUGAGCCCCGGGAAGGUGGCGGGCAACGGCAACGGCUACGAGGAGAUCACCACACCGACCGGCGCGGCCAUCGGCCAUCGACCCCAGGACGCCGGCUACUACGGCCUCUGA